UUUACAGAAGAUCCUGCAAACACUGCAACGUCACUCAUAUCUUCAGGUUCUAGGAAAAAUCCUGUUCAUUAGUGCUUGGGAAAAAAACAAAUAAAGAGAUCAGCAACAUGAAUGGAGAUAUUUUCCAAGAAUCCAGGUACAUUGAAGAGAAUGCUUCCCAGAAUGAUGCCAUCUCUCUGAUUUUUUCCCUCAAAGAAGAAGUUGGAGCCUUGGCUAAAGUCCUUCGCAUAUUUGAGGAAAAGGGGAUAAACUUGACUCACAUUGAAUCCAGACCUUCCAGGCUGAACAGAGAUGAAUAUGAAUUUUUCAUUAAUUUGGAGAGCAAGAAUAUUUCUGCCCUUCCAGAUAUCAUCAAGACCUUGAGAGAUGACAUCAGAGCAAAUGUUCAUGAACUUUCACGUGAGAAAAGGAAAGAUGCAGUGCCAUGGUUCCCAAGAACUAUUCAAGAAUUGGACAGAUUUGCCAAUCAGAUCCUCAGCUAUGGAGCAGAACUGGAUGCUGACCAUCCUGGUUUCAAAGAUCCAAUUUACCGGGCCAGAAGAAAGGAAUUUGCAGACAUAGCAUACAACUACAGGCAUGGGCAAACUAUACCCAGGGUGACUUACACUGAGGAAGAGAAGAAGACUUGGGGGAUAGUGUUUAGGGAACUGAAGACUCUCUAUCCUACACAUGCUUGCUAUGAACACAAUCAUGUGUUUCCACUCCUGGAAAAAUACUGUGGCUACCAAGAGGAUAACAUUCCCCAGCUUGAAGAUGUCUCAAAUUUUUUGAAAAGCUGCACUGGAUUUCGCUUACGGCCUGUGGCUGGUCUUCUUUCGUCUCGAGAUUUUUUGGCUGGCUUGGCUUUUAGAGUAUUUCACUCUACACAAUACAUUCGCCAUUCAUCAAAACCAAUGUAUACACCUGAACCUGAUAUUUGCCAUGAACUCCUAGGACAUGUCCCCCUAUUUGCUGAUCCCAGUUUUGCUCAGUUUUCUCAAGAAAUUGGAUUGGCUUCUCUAGGAGCUCCAGAUGAUUAUAUUGAGAAACUUGCAACGGUUUACUGGUUUACUGUGGAAUUUGGCCUCUGUAAAGAAGGCAAUGAGAUUAAGGCCUAUGGUGCUGGACUGUUGUCAUCAUUUGGUGAACUGCAAUAUGCUCUGUCAGAUAAACCUGUCACUGAACCUCUCAUCUUGGAAAAGACUGCAAUCCAAAAAUAUCCAGUUACUGAAUUCCAACCUAUUUACUAUGUGGCUGAGAGUUUUGAAGAUGCAAAACAAAAGUUAAGAAAAUAUGCCUCAACGAUUUCACGGCCAUUUUCAGUCCGUUACAAUCCGUAUACUGAAAGAAUUGAAGUUUUGGACAACAUUAAGCAAUUAAAGAAUUUAGCCGAUGCCAUUGGCAGUGAAAUGGAGCUUCUUUGCAAUGCUCUCCAGAAGAUAAAGUGAAAGAGAUACUUCUGGGCGUCUCCUGUGGGUUCUGAAAGCCAUAUGGCAAAAGGGAUGCCUUAUAACAAACAAGAAACAUUUCUUUUAACAAAGUCAGUUUGCCCAUAAUUAACAUAUAGUGCAGAAAUGUAACAAAUAUCUCAUGUGUAAUAUUUUAAUAUACCUAUAAUUUCCCCUCCCCUGAUUUCAAUAUGAUCAUAUAAAUGUCUAUAAAAUUAAUAUAGAUAACUCUAGGUAGGAGCUAGGCCUUUCAAAUAUGAUUUCUAUAUUACUGUAUUUAUAUGUUGUUACAGUAAUACCUGGUAUAAACAAAUGCAACUUAUAUAAUUGAAAAAACAAAAUGCAGGAAGAUAGUAGAAGAGAUAAGCAUACUCAAUUCAUCUUUUAUACAAGAGCUAUUCUUUUCUGAAGUGCAUUUAAUCAACUUAAUAUCAGCUUUUAUUAUUUUCAACAUUCAACAUUCAACAUAAUGUUGGAAAGAAAUCAUGUGAAGGUGGUCAAGAUUCUGUCAACAGGACAACUCUCUGAAAGUAUAUGGAAUGGGACCAAAUUUGGUGUAGAAGAGGUGGCAAAAGAAAGAGUAAAAUUGAAAAUGGCUGCAUAAGGUCAGGGCUUCAGAGAAACACCCCCUGCCCAUUUUCGAAACAAAUCUCCAGUGCAGCCCUGGAAAGAAUUCAAGAAGCCAUACUCUACCUGCUAUCCACAGCUUUUGAAGUCUUUAUUUUACUGUCUUACAGCACUAAUUAUCUAUGGAUCAGGUGUGAAAAUUAUAUUGAUGUUAGAUAUCAUAUAUUAUUGGAUAGUAAUGUGUAAUAUUUUAAAGAUAAAUAUUUUAAAUUGCUCAACUAGGGUUCUACCAUUGGCAACCUAUCAGGAAAAAGAUAAUUGUGAUAUGGAAGAUUCCAGCAUACUGUGCAAAUAUAUUUAUUUCCUGCACUACUUAUAUCCCAUCUACAAUUAUGUCCUGGUCUGCAUAUUCUACUGAUGUAUUUUUGCUGAUAGAGGCACUUCACUGGCAGAAACAUUGAUACUCUUAUCUGGAAAAGAUUCUUAUUCAAAUGAAUAGAACACUAGCUCAUGUAAAGCUAAACAUUUUGAACAACUACUUACAUUUAAAUUCUUCAUUGCUACCUAAUUUGUAGAAUAAAAACGAAGUGCCAAUUGCAUUUUUUUAACCCAACAUUUAAAAUGUAUAAUUAUUUGAAAUAAAUAUAAUACAUUUGCUAUC